AUAAUGGAUCUCUCUCUUCACUUCACUUCCAAACAAAAAUAGCCAAAGAAACCAAAGUAAGAGGAACAAAAGAAACUCCCUCUGAUAGUUUCUUCCCCUCCAAUGGCUUUACUAACGUUCUAUCCGGAGAAAUCCGAGCCGCCGCAAACGCAGAAGAAGCAACCACUGCCUUCAAAACGCAAGAAACGCCAAAUACAGCCGCGUAACGCCCAAACGCGGAAACCGCAGAAGCAAACGCCGCAGAAACUGCCAUCUUCAUGGGACCAGUUCAAGAACCUACUGACCUGCAAACAGAUCGAAGGAUCCAGAAUCCACGACCCAUCCAAGAACUCUCAAUCUGAACCGUACAUUACUGCUACGCACCCCAACUCCUCCUCGAAGCUCAUCACCUCCUCUUGUGGGUCCAUUUGUAGCUUCAGAGACGUGGCUCAUGGCAACACACGGGUCGUCCACCGAGCUGACAACUCGCCCGGACCCGGUAACCCGAUUCAUGACCCGGAAACCCGGAUAUUGAACCGCAAAUCGGGCCAACCCGGGUCGUCCUCGUCUAGGUCGCUGACAUCUGUGUCAAAAAGAUCCAACGGCAGAGAGAGUUACACGUCAUCGUCUUCAACGGCAACGGCUACUACUACGACGUCGUUAAUUAGAGGCAUGCAAUUCCGGAAACUCUCCGGCUGCUACGAGUGCCAUAUGAUCGUGGACCCCAGCAGGAAUCCAAUAUCACCUAGGGUUUGUGCUUGUUCUCAGUGUGGAGAGGUUUUCCCCAAGCUUGAAAACUUGGAGAUGCAUCAAGCAGUCCGUCACGCAGUAUCAGAGCUUGGUCCCGAGGAUUCAGGAAGGAACGUAGUGGAGAUAAUCUUCAAGUCAAGCUGGUUAAAGAAGGACAAUCCUAUCUGUAAGAUCGAACGGAUAUUAAAAGUCCACAACACCCAACGCACCAUCCAACGGUUCGAAGAUUGCCGAGACGCCGUGAAGGCGCGUGCACUCCAGACGCCGAGGAAAGACGCGCGUUGCGCCGCCGACGGCAAUGAGCUCCUCCGCUUCCAUUGCGCCACCCUCGUCUGUCCUCUCGGGGCCCGUGGAUCCUCCUCCCUUUGCUCCGUCUCCGGAUGCGGAGUUUGCACCCUCAUCCGCAACGGUUUCGGCGGUCAGGCCGGUGUAUUCGGAGGCGGUGUAAGGACGACGGCGAGCAGCGGCCGGGCCCACGACUCGCUCGGAGCUUCGGGGUCUCUCCGGAAAGCGAUGCUUGUCUGUCGGGUGAUCGCCGGGAGGGUGAAACGGGGCGUGGUCGAUGAGGAAAACGGUGGCGCGUAUGACUCGCUCGCGGAGAACGCGGGCGCGUAUUCGAAUCUUGAGGAGCUACUGGUGUUUAACCCUAGGGCUAUAUUACCAUGCUUUGUUGUUAUUUACAAAGUUUUGGAAUCUUGAAUUUGUAAAUUAUUUUCACAUUUUGGAUAAUGUUUUUUGUUUCGAUUUUUCUUUUGGAUUCUA